GUAGAAUACAAAAUAUAUACAAGAAAAAAACAAGAGCCGGAACUAAUUUCAGUUGCAGAUAAAUUACGUCCAGAGUCAGUAGCUCCAACAUUUGAUAUUGAUAAAUUAAUAUAAAUUGUAAAGAGAGGAGAGCAAGUAGAGGAGCAGUGCAUCUGGUUUUGAAGGCAGACGCGGAAAUUGUAUUAACCAAAAAAGAAGUUGUCGAAAAGUUGGAUGGUGCAGUAAAGCGAAGAAUCCUGCGAAGAGAUAAAGUUGGUGAUGCUCAUCCAUAUUCUCUCUUCUCUUCACUCUCUUUGCAGUUAAAAAUACUACUCACUGGUGAGCAGCGGUAUACUACAGGGUCUUCAAACAUAUAACUCUCUCUCGCUCCAACUCUCUAAAGUUGGCCAGUAUAUAUAAUAUAUAUUUUGAUAUAAACGGAUCGAACACAAAUCAGUCAAAAUGUCUGAUCGCAAGGCCGUGAUUAAGAAUGCCGAUAUGAGCGAGGAGAUGCAGCAGGAUGCUGUUGAUUGCGCGACACAGGCCCUCGAGAAAUACAACAUUGAGAAGGACAUUGCCGCCUAUAUCAAGAAGGAAUUCGACAAAAAAUACAAUCCCACAUGGCAUUGCAUUGUUGGCCGCAACUUUGGAUCGUAUGUGACACACGAGACGCGCCAUUUCAUUUACUUCUAUUUGGGCCAGGUGGCCAUUUUAUUGUUUAAGAGCGGUUAAAGUAUUGUC